AUGAACUUCGCCGAACUGUGCGACUUCCUCGAAACCCUAAGAGACACCAAAGGCGCAGCUGAAAAGUCCAAACACACAAAAUCAUUUUUCACAAAACUGCGAGACCGACGCCACGAAAUCCACCCAGUUUUGAGGUUAGUCGUCCCAAGACUGGAGCGCGACCGCCCCUCCUACCGAAUAAAAGAGUCCAAAAUCACCAAACUCCUAAUAAAAAUGUUAGGCCUGCCCCCUGGCAACGACAAAAACCUCCUCCUUAAAUCCGUAACGGGCUCCAGCGUCGACUUCGGCGACAUAGUCUACUCAAUCCUGAAAAAAUACAUCAUAAAUAAAGAAAUCGGUCUCACAAUCCACGACAUCAACACCUACUUGGACCAAAUCGCGACCCGCACCUCCGACACGGGUCUCGACGACCAAAUCCUCGAAAUUUUCCGCAAACUCUCCCCCAAAAACAUCAAGUGGCUGAUACAAAUUAUCCUCAAAGACCUCAAACUGGGGAUCAGCGAUAACACGAUCCUCAACUGCGUGCACGAAGACGGCGCCAACUUCUACGCCGCCAAUAACAACCUGAAAAAACUGUGCGAGGUUUUGCACGACCCCAAAGUAAAAUUGCACGAGCUCGAAAUUAACAUCUUUGAACCCUUCAAACCCAUGCUUUCCAAGCGAUGCGACGCGUCGAACUUCAAAAAAUGUUUUCCGGACGCGAAAACUUUUGUUACGGAGAAUAAGUUCGACGGUGAGCGUUUUCAGUUGCACAUGGAGGACGGGAAAUUUAAGUAUUUUUCACGAAACGGCUACGAUUUUACGAAUUCGUAUGGGGCGUCGUUUGAAGACGGGAUUUUUACGCCGUUAUUAAAAAACGUUUUUGAUUUAGAAACUAAGAGGGUGAUCCUUGAUGGAGAGAUGAUGUUGUGGAAUAAAAAAACGAAGCGGUUUGGGUCAAAAGGGAUGAACUAUGACGUCAAGAAACUCGGUUUGGGGAAGUAUCAGCCGUGUUUUUGCGUUUUUGAUAUACUGAUGCACAAUGAUACGAUUUUGACUAACCAAUCGUUGCGGAAAAGACUGCAAAUUUUGAAAAAAGUGGUCAAAAACCCAGUGGAGGGUGCAGUUGUUGUGAGUAAGUACUCAGAAGUGAGCACUAGAAGUGACGUUGUUGAUGCUCUUAACACUUCAGUUGAUAAUAACGAGGAAGGCAUAGUCGUUAAAGAUACUUCUAGUGUGUAUAAAUGCAGCGAUAGAAAUAGCGGUUGGUUUAAAAUGAAGAUGGAAUAUUUCGAUGAUGUGGUUCACGAUUUGGACGUACUAAUGAUGGGUGGAACGUACGGCUCGGGCAACAAACUCAACUCUUUCAUCGUUGGAGUGUCUGCAGGAGUGGGCACCUUUUACUCCCUCGGAAGCAUCAGUUCGGGUUUGAACGACGAAGAGUUAGACUUGUUAAGCGAUAAAUUUAAAACACACGGUAUAGAUUUUAAAGACUUUAGCACAAAAACCAAAGGCAAGCUAUUUUUUGGUCGGGAAACCCCUCAUGUUUAUAUAGAGCCGGAAAAUUCGUACAUUUUCCAAAUCCGAGCGACCGAACUAAUCAGAGUCACGAAUGACGCAGUCAAGUGUCCCUACACUUUACGAUUUCCUCGUGUGUUGAAAAUACGCGACGACAAACCACCAGAUGACUGUUUAUCCAUGAACGAAUUAUUAGAACUGAGUCAGAAUAAAACCAUCGUCAAACUCAACAAAAGACACAUCGAUUUGGACGAGAUUAUAUCAAAAGCGCGACCUUCUAAGAAAAUUAAAGUCGAAGUUGUGAGUUUCGAACAACCGGAUGCAGGUGAUUUUUUAAAAAAUAUACGUUUCUAUGUUGAUUCGGGUACCGAAAAAUGGGGAACUGAGGAGAUUUAUCACUCUAUUAAAAAACUAGGCGGCGAGGUUAGCUAUCGCCUGGAACCCAACGUCGACAUAGUGUUGAUUUCAAAACUAAACACGAAAAUAUCCAACGCCAUGAAACAAUCAAACGGUUUUGAUAUAAUCCACGUUGAUUGGUUGCGACGGGUUUUGGAGGAUCGCGAGUUGGUUGAUUAUAAAUCAGACGAAAUAUUUUAUUGCGGUAGUAAUUUUCGUCGAAAUCUAUCCACAAAUUUGGAUCAAUUCGGUGAUUCGUUUAUGGCAAAAACAUCCAAAGCGUCGUUGCAACGUGCUUUCGACAUGAUGCGCAAAAAGGACGAUUUUUUGAACACGAACGACGCGCUGGCGGUUAAUGAUAGGUAUUAUUUUAGCGAUUAUGUUGCUUAUUUUGACCGUUUCGAGGAAAUUAACAAUCCUGGUUCAAAACAAAUUUACUAUUCGUAUCCGGACGAACUAGAGUUUGAAUUUUAUAAAGGCGCUGUGAAUAAGGAAUUGACACCCGAAGUUAAUCUAGUCGUGCUAGCAGAAAACAAUCACGAUCGUAAAUUAUUAAUUAGCAAUUUUAUAGAAAAUAACGGUUUACCGAAAAUCGAGAUCGUAGCAAAGGAUUUUAUCUUUGAUAAAAUUUCGAGCCAAGCGUGAUGUGUAUAUUAGGAAUAUUGUAUUAUGUAUAUGUGAGCAACUUUUAAUAAAGUAUUUAGCAAGUCGUUGAGGUCAGAUCACACACGUCUCAAAUAUGUAUAUUUAUUCUUGUCAAAAAGCACUCAAAUUAACACACCCAAACGGACGAAAAGUCGACUGCGCGUACAAAUGUCAAAUCGUUAUUAAAGUACAAUUCGUUACCAAAAUGUAUAUAACAGUCUAAAAUAUCACAAUCAGUGCAGUUCACUUAAUAAUGGCGUUGCUGACGGAGUCAACUGAGAAACACUUGCAAGUGCAAGCGGUCACCGGACACUCCGAAUGUUCACUGCAAAAAAAAAUAUUUUUUUUGACAGCUUCAAGUGGGAUUUAUAAACUUGCUGUUGACGUUGCGGAUUUAAGUUGAUUACUACAAAAAUUUACCAUUUUAGAGAUGUUUUAAGUUUCUUGUCGAAAAAAGUCUACACAUAUUACGAAAAACACAAAAAAUGUAGCC